CCGAUGCUAACAACAACAUAGCUUGCUACGGCUUGUUAUUGUGUCAAUUAAACUUAACCCAAGUUGAAAUCAGGCACUCCAAAACACGAGUUGCUGUUAUAUUUGAGUUUUCAACGAGCCUUUAGCAAAGCGACAGUUUCUUUAACCAACUAGCGCUCCAAAUUAACGAGAGCAUUAAUUAGCUAACGGUACGGUGGUGCGUUUUCGAGCUUGGCCUGCAGCGGUUAGCGAAAGCCAGGUAACCUCCCUCGAGAAAAAGACUCCUCGCGUUAAAUAACUACGUCUCCUUUCAUAGAAGAGUGUCCUCAAAAUGAGAGGUUCAUACGGAGACAGAGACAGAGACCGUGGCCGUGACAGAGGCAGCCCUCGUUUCGGUUCCAGCAGAGGCGGCCCACCACCGGGGAGAAAGUUUGGGAACCCUGGGGAACGUUUACGAAAGAAGAGAUGGGACCUGGAUGAGCUUCCCAAAUUUGAGAAAAACUUUUAUACUGAACAUGCAGAAGUGCAGCGAAUGAGCCAGUAUGAUGUUGAGGAGUAUUGCAGGAAGAAAGAAAUCACUGUUCGAGGUUCAGGCUGCCCAAAGCCCAUCACCAGCUUCAAUCAGGCACAGUUUCCCCAGUAUGUAAUGGAUGUGCUGAUGCAGCAGAAUUUUAAGGAGCCCACAGCCAUUCAGGCACAAGGAUUCCCUCUUGCCCUCAGCGGGAGAGACCUGGUGGGCAUAGCUCAGACUGGCUCUGGGAAGACCUUAUCGUACCUUCUGCCUGCCAUAGUGCACAUCAAUCAUCAGCCCUACUUGGAGCGUGGAGAUGGACCCAUUUGCUUGGUUCUGGCCCCCACAAGAGAACUGGCGCAGCAGGUCCAGCAGGUGGCGUACGACUACGGAAAGUCAUCCCGCAUCAAAAGCACUUGUGUGUAUGGGGGUGCUCCCAAGGGACCUCAAAUCAGAGACCUGGAGAGAGGUGUUGAGAUCUGCAUUGCUACUCCAGGUCGUCUGAUAGACUUCCUUGAGGCUGGAAAGACCAACCUGCGACGCUGCACAUACUUGGUUCUGGAUGAAGCCGACCGCAUGUUGGAUAUGGGUUUUGAACCACAGAUUCGUAAGAUUGUGGAUCAGAUCAGGCCUGACAGACAGACCCUGAUGUGGAGUGCUACCUGGCCUAAAGAGGUCCGCCAGCUGGCAGAGGAUUUUCUGAAAGACUAUGUCCAAAUCAAUGUCGGAGCGCUGGAACUUAGCGCCAACCACAACAUCCUUCAGAUAGUUGAUGUCUGUAUGGAGAGUGAGAAGGACCACAAGUUGAUCCAGCUGAUGGAGGAGAUUAUGGCUGAGAAAGAGAACAAGACCAUCAUUUUUGUGGAGACCAAGAAACGAUGUGACGAUCUCACACGCAGGAUGAGACGUGAUGGGUGGCCUGCAAUGUGUAUUCAUGGCGACAAGAGCCAGCCAGAAAGAGACUGGGUGUUAACAGAGUUCCGUAGUGGCAAAGCUCCCAUCCUCAUCGCUACUGACGUGGCCUCGCGUGGUUUGGACGUGGAGGAUGUCAAGUUUGUCAUCAAUUAUGACUAUCCCAACUCAUCGGAGGACUACAUCCAUCGCAUCGGCCGUACGGCCCGCAGCACCAACAAAGGCACAGCCUACACCUUCUUCACUCCGGGAAACCUCCGCCAGGCCCGCGAGCUGAUCCGGGUGCUGGAAGAGGCCCGACAGGCUAUCAAUCCAAAACUGCUGCAGCUGGUUGAUACUGGACGUGGAGGAGGCGGAGGAGGUGGCCGUCCCCGUUUCCGUGGCAGCUCCAAUUCCAACAACCCCAACCUCAUGUACCAGGACGAGUGUGACAGGCGAAUGCGUUCUGUGGGUGGCGGUGGCAGCAACAAGGACAGCCGCGGCAGCGGCGGCAGCUACAGCCGUGACAGCCGAGAUAGCCGCAGAGGAAGCAGCCGGGAUGGGGAGCGCUCCUCCUCAUCUUCCUCCUCCUCUUACAGAGACCGCAGCAGCAGGGAUGGAGGACGCAGCUACAGCUCCAGCUCCAACUCAUACGACCAGUACCAGAACAACAACGGCAACAGCAGCAGCAGCCAGUACAGCAGCUCCAGGGGCAGCUCCGGGUCAGGGGGCAGCGGAGUUGGGCCGACCCCACCUUCCUCGUCAGGGCCCCAGCCUUUAAUGGCUCAGCAGUUCAACCCUCCACAGCCCAUGAUGGGCCUCAUGGGGCACUCACCGUUCCAGUUUGCUCCUCCACCGCCACCGCCUUCAUCGGGCAGAAAGUAAUGUGAUCCGUGCACACACUACACGCAGUCACACAGACACUUAAAAUUAGUGACAGGGAUCGAACCCUGUGCAGUGGACCACUGUAACAACAUCUCCGUUAUGAGCUUUGCGCUGUGCAUUAAAGUUCUUAAUUUCUUCAACAUCGACUUAUUUAGAUUGGUCCAACGUUUUAGUGGUCAAUGCCUUUUGUUUUUGACUUUCUCUUUAAAGUCAAAUUAUUUAGCAUUAAUUAUUUAGUUUGACAGAAGCUUGUGUGAGUCAUGUGACAAAGUUCAGUGUUCUUGAAAAACAACUUUUUGUACAAACAUGAUGUUUUUGUAUCGUGAGCUGCUACAGUGGGUUUGAAGAGCAUCGUUUUUCCACUUUAGGUGUAUCAAAGGUAGCUGCAGACGUUAGUUCUUGUAUAUUGGCUUAUUUCUGUUUUAGGUUUAUUAUCUUAGUUUGUUUUUGUGAGUUUGAGCCCCAAAACCAGAAAAACAAGAAGAUUCUGGUGGAUCUUGACCAAAACUAGGGCUUAAAGCAUAUUUUUCCUUCAUUAGUUAUUAAUUUCGGCCAUGUUGAAGCAACUUUGCAGGCGCUUUGUGUAGCCAUGGCAGCAGUUAAAGUCACAUGCAUAUAAAUAAGCUUUUCCUUCACAUUUCCAAAUUCAUGUGGUUUGAAAUCUCUUGCGACCCACCACAGAUUACCCUUUUUUUUGUUAACUACCAGUAUGAGCAAGUCUUUGCAGCAGUGAUGAUUGAAGUUUUCCUAGCAAAUAGGUCAUUUUUACAGUUUAAUAAAGCUCUUCAAUGUA